AUGGUCAUGACUUCAGUCAUGGUCGGGAUCAAUAACGGUAUUUAUCAAAAAUUGUUAACUGAGGUACCAACAUUGAUACAUAUUCCUUGCGUAUGUCAUUCUUUGCAAUUGGCCGUUUCUGCUGCUGCUGGUUCAACACUUCCCAGAAACAUUGAGUUUCUUAUAAAAGAAGCUUAUAACUGGUUUGCCCAUUCAACGUUACGCCAAGCUCAAUAUAGAAACUUAUUUAAAGCAAUUAAUGAUAAUCAUAACCCUUUUAAGAUUGUGAAAUCUUGUGAUAAUAGAUGGUUAUUGAUUGAAACUGCUGUUGGGCGUAUUUUGAAGCAAUGGGUUGAGUUGAAAACUCUUUUUAGUAUUGUGAGACAGAAGGAAAAAUGUUAUACUGCUGAAAUUUUUUUUGGAAUGUAUAAUGACAACAACAAUUUAGCAUAUCUUACAUUUUUGCACCCAAUACUUUUAGAGAUCCAGUUGGUUAACAAAUCUUUUGAAUCAAACAAUGCUGAUCCGUGCAAGUUAUUAAGUGAUUUAACAUUGUUAGUACGUUCAGUGGCCAAACGUUUUGUAAAUCCAUACUGUAGAAAAGAUCCACUAACAACCAACAUGGAUAGUUAUUCCUCAAAUGGUUUUUAG